GUGUAUUUGUAAACAUUUUAGCAAAUAGCAAAUUAACUAGGAAAGUAGUUUUUAAAGUGGUGCUGCACAUUAUUUACACGAGGACAAUCAUUUGGCAUUGUUUGCAAGCAUGUGUUAUGUUAUUAUAACAUCUCGAAGUCUUGCAUGGCUUCUGUUGAGUUUAGCUGCAUUUAUGUUGAUUCUGACUGGAAUUAUGACGCCGAAAUGGUUGCACGGUCAGCCUAUUGUCACAAAUGAAAACAAUAUCACCGGAUUCUAUGUGCCGAGUGUUGGAAUUUAUAAUAGAUGUAUCCGCAUGAGACAUGACAGAAACAACUGUGCUCCAUUCUCAUUCUACGGCCUCUCCACGGAUUCCGAGAUUUACCCGUCUCCAUGGAAAGCUGCUAUGUUCUUCUUGUCUCUCUGUGCAGCUAUACAAUUUGCAACUGUCCUUGCUGGAGUAAUGGCAUGCUGUGUGCAGUCCGUCUUCAAGAAGAGUGUCAUAUCCCUUGCUGGAGCCACACAAGCCUUAGGAGGUCUGUUUGGUGUGUUGGGUCUUCUUCUAUACCCAUGGGGAUGGGGCUCUACUCGCAUCAAGAAGAUGUGUGGUGAAUACUCCGAGCCCUACAUACCUGGGGAUUGUUCUAUUGGCUGGGCUAUGUUCGUGACGGCGACGGGGGUAGCACAGGUGUUUCUGGCGAGUGCCCUGUCCAAGGUCGCUGACAAAGCAGCCAGCUCCGACAAGGUCCAGUUCCAGAUGGACGAAGGGAAGCAGCUGAUCUGCAUCGCCUAGCGCUGUGGUACCUAGUUAUUAGCGCCAUUAUGGCACCUAGUAUUAACGCCAUUAUGGUACCAUGUAUUAGUCGUGCAUGUGUAAAAUGCUAUCGCCAUUAGGAUGCCAAGAUUACGAUACCAAGUUUUAGCGCGACUAUGACAUGCAUUAGGUAUUAGCGACAUUAUGGUACCAAUUAUUAUUAGUGCCAUUUGCUCACCUAGCAUGACCAACAUUUAAUAUUCUAUGGUAUAAAAAGUGACAGAUUGACGUUGUCUAAGUAUUAAUAAUAAAUUAUAAUAAUAAAUUUAAUCUAAGUAUUUUUAUUCUAGCCUGUGGUCAUGCUAGGUCUGCUAUUGACAGAGACGCUGCUUUGUCACAAACACAUUAAUAACGCCAUCUAUGGGUAGCAUUUUUAUAUUUCCACGAUGACUUGUUUCAGUUCUUUUUACAAAAAAAUUACUAUGCUACUAUUUUUUUUAAUGGAUUGACCUAUUCAGCUGCUCUGAUCCAAAAAGCCGUAGCAAGAU